AAACUAUCAGAGAGAGAUUAUCUUUCACUUAUUCUUAUUUUAGGUUAUAAUAUUGUGAACGAUUAUUGAAAUUAAAACAGGAUGAUUAAGUUAGUUAUACAAAUCUUAUGGAUGUGGUUGGCUUUAGUUGAGGGCGGUGUGGUUCAUAAGAAUGUUGUGCGUAAUAUAUUAGAAAGUAAGAGAGGUGCUACUGUUGGAAAUGACGAGUUUGCAUUACAGAAAAGAGGAGGCGCAGCCGGCUACAUUGCUGGAGGUGCGUGUAUUGGGGCCGGUGCGGUAUUAAUUGUAGUAGCAUGCACGCUUAAGAGAGAGGACGACCUAAGUGAUACUGAGUUUACUGUUUCAGUAGAAGAUAUCCAAGACGCAUACGGAGAUGACUAUUUCAACGUAACGUUGGGCGCAGACGUGUAUAAGGUAACGCCAAUUAUUAGUAACCAAAUCAAUGUACUUGAAGGUGCACCUAUAGUAUCAGGUGGUAUUCCUGAAGAGUUAAUGAAAUACUUAGACGAUGGUGAGGAUUAUGCGAUCACUAGGUAUCAUACUGGUGAGCUCGAUAAGCGGUUCGAUCCAGUUUUGGGAUGUGCAGGUGCAGCAUUAGUGGCCGCAGGCGUUGCUAUAUGCUAUUUGAAUUCUUCAAGGAAGAGGGAUGAUGUAAACCCGCCAGCGUAUGAGUGAAUAAUCAAUAUGGGUCUUUGAGUUGAGUGUGAUGUAACACAGCCCGACUUUUGGGAACAGAAAAUUACACUUGUAAGUCCCACGACUAUUUCUAAGGAGACGAGCGUAACGUCUCCUGAACAAUGGGGUUACUGGUUGUCAAGGAACCCCCAAACUUUAUUUUGUUGUCCAUUUCUAUGGAACCGCACUCAUAUUCCACUAUGAGGUGCGCCCCCCUCUCUUUUCUCUACAAUGGUGACUUGUUCACCAAGUUAUUUAAUUAAUACUACUGUUUCCUAUUUUA